UAACAUAUAUUUUUCAUCGAUGCAUCAACGCGACGUCAGUUGAUGAUAUAUCAAGUAAGAAUUAUGAUGCCGAUAUGGAAAACAAGAAAGAGUCGGAUAAACCUACUUUCGAUUUUACUGAAAGCUCACAGACAACUGACUUCGUUUUGAAUGUUAAAGGAACUAAACUAUUUGUUGCAAAAAAUAUUUUGUCACUUGCAUCACCUGUAUUUGAAAGAUCAUUUCGUUCGGACUACAAAGAAAACUUGAAGAAUGAGAUGGACUUACCUGGGAAGAAGAGCGAAGACGUGAUAGAAUUUUUGAGCUGUAUAUAUCCGAGCACCUUAAGCGAGAUAACGUACGAGAAUGUGUUGAGAAUUUUACCUCUAGUAGAAGAGUAUCAAGUCCUACAUCUUAAACCAAGAUGCGAAAAGGUUCUUUUAGAUGGUAUCGGCGAAAAUACGAAGAUUGAAGAAUUGUUUCUGGUACUGAAAGAGACCUGUCUAUAUGACUUAAACGACGUUCGUGAAAAAUGUAUUACACACGCUGUUACGAAGACUAAGGAAGACAUUGAUAACGCAUUCAAGAAACACCAAAUACCUGCUGACAUAUUGAUUGAUAUUCUUGGAAGAAAAGUACAAGACCUUGAGGCAUCGAAUAAAGAAUUGGAAGUUAAAUCUGAAGAUCAAACCUGCCAAUUUUUGCAAAGGGUGACAGAUAUGAGAAUAGAGAUUAAGACGCAAAGAGAGUACAUUGAAAAGUGUAUGAACAUUACAGAAGAUCUAGGCCUAGAUGAAGGGUUAAACUGGAGAAAAUCUGAAAUUAUAUUAAAAGUAAGUUUCAGUGAAACGAUUAACGCGCUGCUUAAUUAUAUGUCAAAAUAUAACACAGGCAGGAAUGUUUUCCUUUGGAAUAUGCCUUUUACAGUAUCUUUUCGCUAUUUAGAUAGAGGUGAAUUUGUCGAGCAAGAACAUGUUCGGAAUGAAUGGCUUUUCAUUAGAAUUCAUCACAAAGGAUCAAGAAGAAUAUAUUCUGAAAUAAGGCUGCGAUGUACUCUUCUAAACAGCAGAAAUAAAACGGAGAAUGAAGUUAUUUGUACAAAAGGCAAGUUUGGACACGAUCAAUACACAGAGCAUGCUAUUAAAAGAAGUUCGGAUCUUAGAGGAUAUUUAUUAGACGGGUGUGCUUGGAUUUUGGUACAAAUAUUUGUAUCGAAGCCAGAUGAAUAGUGAUCUCAGAAAGUUUCUGCUAUACGUUCGAGAAAAUUUUACUCUUUUGUCAUUAUAUAUCGAGUUCUAUUUAAAAGUUGCAAUUUUCAUUUCGGAAUUUGCGACAACUCUGCUUCAGUUAAGUUGACUUUUUUGUGGUGUAGUUGGCUGAAUCAAUUUCUUAAUUCUUUUGAGCUCUUCCUCUUGUUAAAAACGAUGCUUGAUUUAUCAACAGCAUAUUGAAAGUGUUAAUUUACAAUGUUAGAAGUUUCAUCAAAAUCUACAUAGUAGAAAAAUUUCUAUUCUCGAAAAUAUAUGUUAUGAAAACAUUGAUUUUCCCAUAGACUCCCAUUAUGAAAUAUUGCGUGAAUUCCAUAUUUUUCAAAUCAGUCUAGCAAAAAAUCAAGCACACGACCAUAUCUUUUUUUAUUUGCUGAUUUUUCUAUGUAUAUUCUAAAGUUUUGAAAAAUCAAAGUUUAAUCAAAUUCUACAUUGCAGAAAAAAAAUCGUUCCAAGCGUGCAGAAUUACCUUAAAUAAAGUAUAGCAAACAAAAAUUGCGGAAUCAUUUUCGGUCAAAUUUUAAUUAUCUCGAAGUAUAAUGCCCGAUCCCUUCAAAUUCGAGAUAAUGAGUUUUAACUGCAUAAAUUUUGCAGAAGCAUAGCCAUACUUAUAUGGUACAGUAGGUACAACUUCACAAACGAGGUAGGGGCCGGGAUGAGUGUCCCCCGUCGCUCUCCUAGAAAAAAACAUUAAGUUCUAGAUUGAAUUUCCUGUGUUUUACAGAGAGACAUUUGUUUAAGCCUUUUAGAUAAUAAAACAAGCAAGCUGCAUUUUAUACGUUUGUUUUAAAUUCUCACCUUACAUGACAAGAGGUGAAUUCGAAAGAAGUCUAAGUGCAUCUUUUUUUAAUA